AAACUAAGUGGUAAGCUCGCGAAGUUUUUUUUUGCGGUGUUAAGUGGAGCAUUCUUACUUUUAUUUUUAUUUUUUCUUGCAAGGUCAAUGGAGUCCAAUAUAAAAUAGCGAAGAGCUCUUUUACAACUUCUUAUCAGUGGGCCUCCACCAGGCUGAAGGGACCUCCACGGAAAUGGCCAACCUGAACUGGAAGCCGUUUGUGUACGGAGGAAUGGCAUCGAUCGUCGCAGAAUUUGGUACCUUCCCUAUUGAUUUGACCAAAACCCGGCUCCAGGUCCAAGGCCAGUCUCAGUGCAUGGAGGUCCGCUACAGAGGCAUGUUCCACGCUUUGCUCAGGAUCGGACGAGAAGAAGGCAUCCGGGCGUUGUAUUCCGGGAUUUCUCCGGCACUCCUAAGGCAAGCCUCGUACGGGACGAUUAAGAUCGGGACGUACAAUACGCUGAAGAAAUUAUUCGUGAGCCGUCCUGAAGAUGAGACGAUGGUCAUCAACGUGUUCUGUGGCGUCGUCUCCGGAGUGCUGUCCUCGUCUUUAGCGAACCCGACAGACGUGCUGAAGAUUCGCAUGCAGGCUCAAGGCAGUCUGCUCCAAGGCAGCAUGAUGGCCAACUUCAUCAACAUCUACCAGACGGAGGGCACGCGAGGACUCUACAGGGGCGUCAUCCCGACCGCACAGAGAGCCGCCAUCGUGGUCGGAGUCGAGCUCCCGGUGUACGACAUCACCAAGAAGCACCUGAUUGGUUCCGGCCUGAUGGGAGACACGGUUCUGACUCAUUUCAUUUCCAGUUUUGCUUGUGGUCUGGCAGGAGCGCUCGCCUCCAACCCCGUGGACGUGGUGAGGACGCGGAUGAUGAACCAGCGCGUGCUGUCCGGGAACUUCCUCUAUAAAGGCACGCUGGACGGACUCAUGCAGACGUGGAGGAACGAAGGUUUCUUCGCUCUGUACAAGGGCUUCUGGCCCAACUGGCUCCGUCUCGGACCCUGGAACAUCAUCUUCUUCAUCACCUACGAGCAGCUGAAGAAGCUUCCGUUAUAGCCGAACCACAGACGACGCAACACUCCACUGGAUGAAAGUGUGUGUGUGUGUGUGUGUGUGUGUGGGAGGAAGGGAGGGAGGGGCAGGGAGCAAGUGAGCCUCCCUUCCUGCCUUUACCCUUUCAUUCACAAUCCCUCCAUGUAAUGUGUACACUGAUUUCAAUGUUUUAGUUUGGGUUCUAUGUGUGUGUGUGUUUGUUUGUGUGCGUGUGUAAUAUAUAUUUAUAUAAUAUAUAUUAUACCUACACGUUGGUCCUUUUUUUUUUUUCUUCUUUUUUUUUUUUUUGCAUUAAAUAGUUUUUUUAAAUGAGUUUGCACCAUGAUUUUGCACCUAAAGCCUUGCUUUAUCGAUCCUGGCAGCUAAAUUUGAGGUCAGCACAAAGAUGGGAACGUUCCAUCAGCUAGUCACUACGUCUAAAUAACAGAACGUGCACGAGGCGGUGGGGGUUUUGAGGCUUUAGUAGCAUCGUUAGUGAUUAUUAUUAUUAUUAUUAUAUAUCCCAGGUGUGUGAGAGAUGUGUUUGAGGCAAAUGCACUGGUUGGAUUGUGUUGGAUUAAGAGCGUCCUGCCCGGAUUAGCUUUACCGGAGCACCUUUAAGCGGCGUGUAGAUUGUAUGUACGUGGCCAGUGUAUGACCGUGCUCUGAACAUUACGCAGAUUCGGCGUUUCUUUUUGUUCUCGGACUUUUUCGUUGCCAAAUAUCGCUCCGCCCAAAUCGCAGUUUUGUGUAAUAACCUCGCUAAAAGUAAAAAUGUUCUGUAAAACACGCACAGAACCGAUAGCACUUCUGUCCUGCAGGGUCCUGGCAGUCUUUUAUGCUGUGUGUGUCUGUGUGUGUGUGUGUGUGUGUGUGUGUGUGUACACAUCUGUUUGUAUACAAGCAUGUGUGGCAAUGUAUCAUAUUUUAUGUAGUGUGAUGUACAUUACGCUGCUGUACAUUAGAUAGUAUUAGCAUCUUUUUUUUUUUUUUUUUUCCUUCUUCUUCUCCCAAAACAAAGUGUACUGUAAAAACAAAACAAAACAAAAAAAAACAACACAAAAAAAAAACAACCCUUUCAAAAUGUGACAAAUCGGUACUGUUACAUCUUCUCCAGCUUCUCUCUUCCGUCCCGCUCAGUUUGAUCUCCAAGCAUUUUUCUCUGAAACGUGUUUUUAAAAUAUUCCGUUCCGUUCCGCUGUUCUGGCAAUGAAAAUGAGAUUUAAACCUUUCGUAUGGAUUUGCUUCCAUAGUGUACGAUCGUUAUCAAGGAUAUAAGCUAGAUUGUGUUUUUUUUUUUUGUUUUUUUUUUUUGGGGGGGGGGGGAGGGGGGGGGUUUGUGUGCCUGCACAAUCAUCGUCGCGGUCGAUCUGCCUGCCUGUUGUAGAGUUUAUAAGAAACACGAACACGUUUGUCCUAAACAGUUUGCAUGAGCGCUUUUGAUACUAACUUUUAAGCACGCCCGUUCGCAACGUCGCCAUACAGACCAGACCGUACGUCUUUUCAUCACCGCAGUCUUCACGUGUAAGUUCUUUUAAGAGCGAUGCCCGGCCGCUCGAGCGCCUCGUUCGUGGAAUCGUACGAUCAGCCGGUCACGUCAGAGCAGGAGAUACGGGUCAGGAGAUUCAGUGCAUGUUUAAAAAAAAAAAAAAACGGUGAUCUCGGUGACUUUGGCAUUGUUGUCGGUGCCAGUUCAGAGACUUCUGAUGUACUGGGAAUUUCACUCGUAAGACUUGGGAACCGUAACGGCGAGAAACGUAAAGUUCCGUUGGCGGAAACACCUUGUUGACGAGAAGAUCAGACCGGACUGGUUCGAAGGCUGCGGUAACGUAAUAAUAACCACUCUUUACAACCGUGGUGAGCAGAAAAGCAUGUUGACGGAGCUCCAGUGCACACAAACUGGCCAGCUGAGGAUUGGAAAACAACCAGGAGAUGAUUAUUAUUAUUAUUAUUAUUAUGAUUAUUAUUAUUAUUAAGACUGAGAUGCUUUUCUGCUCACCACGGUUGUAAAGAGUGCUUAUUUGAGUCACCGUAGCCUUCCCGUCAGCUUGAACGAGUCUGGCCGUCCUCCUCCGACCCUCAGAACUUCUUAAUCACCCGAUGUUUUGUUUUAAACUCUAGAGACGACGCGUCGUGCCGCACGAUCGGCUGAUUUCACGAGCGAGCCGGUUCGACGGUUUUCCACGUAAAAGUGGGCGUAUAUACGACGGGAGACGGAAACGCUCAUCUUCUCUAACUUCUUUCACUCCAGUCAUUUGAUGACGUUCUCCUCCAUAAUGAUAAGUCCGUCUUUGAAAGGUCACCCGGGUCACCGUAAUGCCUGGAUCCUGUCAUGACUUUUUUUUCUCUCUCUCUCUCUCUCUCUUUCACUCCGUCUUGCUUUAAGAGUUCGAGUGAAAGACUCGUGGUGUUUUCUCGAACACGGCUUAACCGUUACAUAACGCCUGUUUCCAGCUUCAGCCAAGACCAAGACUCAUGGGCUAGUUCACACGUUUAAUCUUUUUCACUUGCUUUACUGGGUGGGUUUGGUUUUAUUUUAUGUUAUUUUUCGGUUUUCUUUGAGUAAAUACAACUUUUUUUUCUUUCUUUCUGUGCACGUUGUUUUGAAAAAUAAAUGUUAAACCUUUUUUUUUUUUUUUUUUUUUUUUUUUUUUUUUUUUGUAAAAAAUAUUCAAGAUUGUUUUUUUUUUUGUUUUUUUUUUGGUUCACAUGUGCUCAAAUACAACCUGCGAUUAGAUUAAUAUUUUAUUGGUGUGUGUGUGUGUUGUCUUCAAGCAUUGUUUACCCCCCCCUCCCUUUUCAUGAGCAUGAUUAAUGGAUCUCGAAGGAAAUCCAUCGUUUCACACCCUGCAUGGAGAACAACAUACCUUACACGGGUCGUCUGACCGUCUGAACCUGCAUCUCUUUGCUACAUUGAUACCUUGUUCUCAUGAAGAUCAGCCACGUGUCCUGACUAAGGUCUUGGUCAUCUUUGGUCAUUUUUGGUUCUAAUGGCGAACAUGUCAUUACCUAACCUUAUUCGUUUCAAUGUUAUGAAAAUUUGGCUAUAGGUUUAUUAUGUGGCUGAUUUUGCUUUGUAUGAUCUAAAUGUGCACCUGACAAUAAAACUAAAUGACUUAA